AGUUCCGCAAAGUUUUUCCCGUUUUUCAGUAUCAAAUUUCUUCCGCUGUUGAAAUUCCUUAAAAAUAAUGUGAAAAAGACCAGCGAGUUGGUCAAGUUUUUAGUUUACGUGUUUUCGGCGUGAUUUUAUGUUAAAAUACAGUCGAAGUUAAGUCGGUUGUGGUCAAGUUAGGUCGCUACGAGCGCAGAAAAACAUGAGUGUAGAUUCGCUAAACAACGGGAAGCGCUUCCUGGAAGGGUUGAUCUUUCGCACCGAAACGAUCCUCGGGAAAAUGGUUUACAAGUUACUCAAAACAAACAUAACCCUAGACGAGCUGGUGCCAAUGAUCAACUCGGUGCUGGCGUUCGUCAACAACUGGGAGGAAAAGUUGGUGGACAUCCGGCAAGAAAUGCUGGGUGAGACGGACCCGAACAAAGCUUUGGCCUCUUCGAUUGUGUCUUCGUCCAGUAGCAAGAGCACAGAACGCAAAAACAACGAAGAUAAGAAGGUUGUACCAACAAGACCAGCGAAAUUAAAUACUCCGGACAUUCGGAAUUCAAAGGGCGAAUUCAAACCGAAGCAUUCCGAAUCUAAGCCGAUUCAGCAGUUUACUCGCGAUAAUUCUAGCCUGCUAGAGAUGCGGCACAUCCAGGAAAAGGGUCCGGUUUUCGAGUUUAAGGAACAAUCGUUGAAGAAUUACACACCUAAACAGCUGGGACGCUGCGUGAUCUCUGCCCUGGGGUCUUCGACGGCUAGCGGCCGCUUUUGUAUGGUCGAUCGAGACCAUGGAGACAGUGUCAAGUUGAUGGCUGCCAUGCAGCACUCCCGGGGCACCCGCAUCACCAAACUACCACCUUCGGGGGAAGUUUUCGGAGUGUACUUGGAGGGAUCACUGUUCCGGGCGGUGCGAAAUAAAGUUACCGAAGGCAGCAAAGGCACCUUUAUUCGACUGUUGGACACCGGCGAAGUUUUUCCCUAUGAAAAGGACAAUCAGAGAGUGGUGAUUUGUACUCUGUCGGAGUACUACCGUAAUCUGCCCAGCUUUGCCAUUAGAUGUGUUCUGGUUAAAAUUUUGGACGAUCCGUACUGUGCAGAUUUUUCGGAAUUUUUGGAGAAGAAUCUACACAAUACCUUGUACUAUAAGGUUGCAUCCGUUGAAGGAUCAUUAUUGUUUAUGAAACUGAGCCAACAUAAGAUUUCGCCGAAAUUGCCGAUGGCUUCGGUGACCAGGGACUCGACUUCAAGCAACGAAUCUACCGAGCUAUUGAUGCGUUCCAAAAGCGUGGCUUCUCCAUCUCGAAUGAACCUCUUUAUACCGGAGCCCGUUGAUCAGCUCAUCAACGGUGGAAACAUUCGUUUCCCGACAGUCCUACCCACGGACUUCAAUAAAGAUAACCCAUUUUCGGAAGCGUCUCUCUACAAAGACCUACGUUUGCCGUCAAAGUUUAGUUUGGAUUGUAAUGGCCUCAAUGGACACGGCGGCGAUGAAGAUUCGGACGGGGCUGAAUCAGCUGAGUGCGAAGCAGUCGAAGGAGUGAUUCCGCCGAUCGGUACCAAGAUAUUUGUGAUUCCAAAGUUUGUUCAGGAUGUCGAACUGAUCUGGUGCCACGUUGUGCCGCCCGAUUUCAUAAGCAACGACCUGAUCGAAAUGGAGCUGAUGAUGAACGCACCGGAAGUUAGCAGCAAGCUGAAGACAUUGGACAAAUGCCCUGAAAUCGGCGCACUAGUGUUUGCAACGUUCGGUGACAAACGAUACUACCGGGCCGAGGUGACCGAAGUUUUGGGUCGGGAUCGAAUUUGGCUCUUCUACGUGGAUUACGGUAACGUAGAGCUGGUUCGGUUGCAGGAUAUUCGUGAGUGGGACCCACGCUUUGGCUAUCUACCGCACCAGGCCGUCCCCUGUCGGGUGGCCAACGUUGAACGCAUUCGACCUCAUCACACGCAGGCCGUGGCCGAACUCAAUCGGAAAAUUUUGAACAAAAGGAUCGAAGUUGUUGUGGUGAACAACACAACACCAUGGGAGAUACAGCUUCUCGAUAAGGACGGUUUCGAUAUGGCACAAGGUUUAAUUCUGGCCAAGUUGGCCAAACCUCGGGUGCCGAAACGGAACUUCGAGGAUUCCAUGGAAGAGCAGUUAAUCAAGUCUAAGGAAUCACCCUAGAUCAAACGUUUUGUUUUCUAUCAUUUACCUAUUUUUUAUAUUUUUUGACCAUUGUACCAGAAGAACUGGUAAGUAGUUUUGUUUCUAUCAUUACGUUCAGAGUCAGAGUCUGUCGCUCAAAUGUUUAAAGUUAAUAAACGUAAGAUCUCGAGGCAACGCGUUCGAGAA